UGAGGCGUUUGGGUUCACAGCUUCUGUCCUUGUUCAAGUCGUGCGGCACUAUGUGGUUUCUGGUCUUCAUCUGCGCGGCGACAGCUGUUGGUGGUGUACCCGUACAUCCAACCCAGGAGGCUUCCAGUUAUUUCACAGAUAAUAUGACCGUCACUUCUACGCUUGAUGUGUCCAAGCCAGCCCCUACAGCAGCUUUGCAAGUUGACGUCAUCCCCUUGAAUCACACCCAGAAUGGGACGAGUCCUGCAGCAGGUAACGUGACUUCAAUGCUUGAGCCACAGCGGGACAGUGCAGAGACUUUGGAAGACUUUCAAGAAAACAAAAUUCUCGACGAGGGAGAUAUUUUGAUUCCGGAGGACAGGAAUGCUGUGGAGUCUUUGUGGGUGGACGCCGUCAUGCCUUACACCAUCAGUUCUGAGCUGGCUCAUCGAAAGGUUGAUAUCGUCUCUGCCUUCAAGAUGAUCUCAGAUGUCUCCUGCAUUCGCUUCAGACAGCACACCACAGAGCAUAACUACCUCACUAUCCAGGAUGGCAAAGGCUGUGCCUCCUUCGUCGGUUGUCAGGGAGGAGUCCAGCCGGUGUAUUUCGGCCAAACAUGCGGCGUGGGGAAUCUUUGCCAUGAGAUCAUUCAUGCUCUGGGACUGCAUCAUGAACACAGCCGCAGUGACCGUGAUCAGCACAUCACUGUGCAGUGGCAGAACAUCAAAGCAGGGAAAGAGAGGUACUUCAAGGUGAAACGUGGAAACACUCUGAACCUGCCGUAUGACCACAACUCCAUAAUGCACUAUGGCCCGUAUUUUUUCAGUCAAGGUGGGGGUCCAACUGUGUUGUCGAAGCAGAGCGGGGUGCACAUGGGUCAGAGAACACACCUCAGCAAUCUGGAUAUACAGAAACUGAACAAACUCUACCACUGUGAUGAGCAGAUGAAAUGGCAGGGUCUUGGUUGAUCUGAAUUUGUUGGGAGUUUUAAUAAAAUCCUAAAAAUCCUG